UGCAACUUUUGCAGAGACUCCUCACUCCACAGACAUGUCGCACAAUAGCUGAAGUGGAAACCUGUCAUCGCGGCUCAUCAUCGGAGCCCCGGGAGAAGACGCCGCAGGUGGGAUUAGAGCCGCACAGCCUCUCCUCCGUCGCUCCCCUCGCGUCGGAGCCUCCGCUCGGAAACGCCUGGAUAUGAAUUAUGAGCAUUUUCCUCACUAAUGAACUGGGCCAGUAAUGCAGGAGACCGCGGCGACACUCUCAUCAGUGUUUCAAGAUGGCAGAUUUUCAUUGAGUUUUGAACAGAAAUCUCGCUUUAUUUUUUGCCAUGAAUAACAGAAAUCCUUGCACCGAUGGCCCCUGUAUACGAAGGUAUGGCCUCGCAAGUGCAAGUGUUCUCCCCUCACACUCUCCAAUCAAGUGCCUUCUUUAGCGUGAAGAAACUGAAGGUGGAGCAGAGUUGCAACUGGGAUAUGACAGGGUACGGCACACACAGCAAAGUCUACAGCCACAACAGCAGCAAGAACUUGUCGGCCGCCAGUGGCCCCCUAGGCAUAAACAGCUCCCUGCAGGUCGCCAGCUCCACCCUGCCCUACGAGCAGGCACUCAUCUUCCCAGCCAGCGCGGGCCACAUCGUGGUCGCCUCAGCCAGCAGCACUUCAGGGGCUGUGGGGUCUCUGCUGGGCGGCGGUGGUGGAGGCAGCAACAGCAACAGCAGCGGUGGUGGAGGUGGCGGCGGCGGCGGCGGCAGUGGUUUGGGUGGCGGGGUCGGUGUUCACAACCUGACGCGCCGCAGCACGGUCAGUCUCCUGGAUACCUACCAGCGAUGCGGGCUUAAACGCAAGAGCGAGGAGCUUGACAACAACAGCAGUGUGCAGAUCAUUGAGGAGCACGGCCCACCGAUGAUCCAGAACGGAGCAGCCAGUGGAGCCACGGUGGCAACGGUGGCCACCGCCACCUCCACGGCGACAUCCAAGAACAGUGGCUCCAACAGCGAGGGGGACUACCAGCUGGUGCAACACGAGGUGCUCUGCUCCAUGACCAACACCUACGAAGUGCUGGAAUUCUUAGGGCGAGGAACCUUCGGACAGGUGGUUAAAUGCUGGAAGAGGGGCACCAACGAGAUUGUGGCGAUCAAGAUCUUAAAAAACCACCCGUCGUAUGCGCGGCAGGGUCAGAUCGAGGUCAGCAUCCUGGCGCGGCUCAGCACGGAGAGUGCGGACGACUACAACUUUGUUAGGGCCUAUGAGUGCUUCCAGCACAAGAACCACACGUGCCUGGUAUUUGAGAUGCUGGAGCAGAACCUGUACGACUUCCUCAAGCAGAACAAGUUCAGCCCUCUGCCGCUCAAAUACAUCAGACCCGUGCUGCAGCAAGUGGCCACAGCGCUAAUGAAACUGAAGAGUCUGGGGCUGAUCCACGCUGACCUGAAGCCAGAGAACAUCAUGCUGGUGGACCCGUCUCGACAGCCCUACAGGGUCAAAGUCAUUGACUUUGGCUCAGCCAGCCAUGUGUCCAAAGCAGUUUGCUCCACUUAUCUACAGUCCAGAUACUACAGGGCUCCGGAGAUCAUCCUGGGCCUGCCGUUCUGUGAGGCCAUAGACAUGUGGUCCCUGGGCUGUGUGAUAGCUGAGCUCUUCCUGGGAUGGCCCCUCUAUCCGGGGGCCUCGGAGUACGAUCAGAUCCGGUACAUCUCACAGACACAGGGUCUGCCUGCAGAGUAUCUGUUGAGUGCAGGGACAAAGACCAACAGGUUCUUCAACAGAGAGACGGACUCAACCUACCCGCUCUGGAGACUAAAGACUCCGGAGGACCACGAGGGCGAGACGGGGAUCAAGUCGAAAGAGGCUCGCAAGUACAUCUUCAACUGCUUGGAUGACAUGGCGCAGGUGAACAUGACAUCUGACCUCGAGGGGAGCGACAUGUUGGCGGAGAAGGCAGACAGGAGGGAGUUCAUCGACCUGCUAACCAAGAUGCUGACCAUCGACGCCGACAAGAGGAUCACCCCGAUCGAAACGCUCAACCACCCCUUCGUCACCAUGUCGCACCUCCUCGAUUUCCCGCACAGCACACAUGUGAAGUCAUGCUUCCAAAACAUGGAGAUCUGCAAGCGCCGUGUCAACAUGUACGACACAGUCAACCAGAGCAAGACGCCCUUUAUCACCCAUGUGGCCCCCAGCACCUCCACCAACCUCACCAUGACCUUCAACAACCAGCUGAACACUGUGCACAGCCAGGCCACCAACCUGGCUCCCUCCUCCACCAACAAUGCCACCCUUUCCUUUGCAAGUCCUGAUGUCUCCAUACUAAACUACCAAUCUGCACUCUACCAGCCCUCCGCUGCCUCCAUGGCAGCCGUGGCCCAGAGGAGCAUGCCCCUGCAGCCGGGCGCUCCUCAGCUCUGCGCCGCCCGGCCUGACCCCUUCCAGCAGGCGCUCAUCGUCUGCCCACCUGGCUUCCAAGGGCUGCAGGCGUCCCCCUCCAAGCACACCAGUUACUCUGUGCGGAUGGAGAAUGCUGUUCCCAUAGUGACCCAGGCCCCUGGUGCACAGCCUCUUCAGAUCCAGCCUGGCCUGCUCACACAGCAGGCCUGGCCCAGCGGCACCCAGCAGAUCCUGCUGCCUCCAGCGUGGCAGCAACUCACCCACACCUCAGUCCAGCACGCCACUGUCAUCCCCGACUCCAUGAGCAGCACGCAGCCUCUCGCCAACUGGAGGAAUUCCCAUCCUCAUGGCAGCCAUUAUAAUCCCAUCAUGCAGCAGCCAGCCUUGUUGGCUGGCCACGUCACGCUCCCAUCCAACCAGACGCUCAAUGUGGGAGUGGCACACGUCAUGAGGCAGCCCUCAACCAAUAACAACUCCUCUUCCAAAAAGAACAAACAGCACCAGAUGUCUGCGAGGAACAUGUCCGCCUACGAGGUGUCGUCCUCACAGGCGGUGCUGUCCCCGCAGCGCUCCAAGCGGGUGAAGGAAAACACGCCCCCACGUUGCGCCGUGCUACAGAACGGCUCGGCCUCCAACUGCCCGCCCCCGCAGGGCUGCGGGGGCAGCGGGUGGGGGGCUGGCGAAGCAGAGCAGGCUUCCAGCACCACCCGCGACCAUCAGCACCAGCACCACGUCCCCAGACAGACCAUCAUCAUCCCAGACACGCCCAGCCCUGCGGUCAGCAUCAUCACCAUCAGCAGCGACACGGACGAGGAAGAAGACCACAAGCAAAACAACAGUUCAUCUUUGAAGCAGCGGAAGAAUGUCAUCAGUUGUGUGACGGUCCACGACUCACCCGACUCUGACUGUUCGAGCAACAACAGCCCCUACACUGUGGAGUCCAGACCCCCCAACAACAACAGCUACGACACAAAGACCACCAUCCUGGACAACUACAACAAUGGGAACCCCCGCACCAUCAUCAUUCCCCCUCUCAAAACACAGAACAGUGAGGUCCCGAGUGAGUGUGAGCGCCUGAUGCCAGAUGCAAUGAACCAUCAGAAUUCAGCUUACAAGUUCAAAUCCUCCAAUGGAGUGGUGUCUGGCAAUAAUCACAUACCAGGGGGCUUGACUGGAGGGUCCUACCGACAGCAGCGCUCAGGGCCUCACCCCCUCCAGCAGCAGCCUCUCAAUCUCAGCCAGGCCCAGCAGCACAUGGUAGCCGAGCGAAAUGGAGGUCAUCGGCGCCAGCAGGCCUAUAUCACCCCCACCAUCGCCACUCAGGCCCCGUACUCCUUCCAUCACAACAGCCCCUCUCAUACGGGCAAUGUCCACCCGCACCUGGCCGCCACGCACCUGCCCAGCCAGCCGCACCUCUACACCUACACAACCCCCGCUGCUCUGGGCUCCACCGGCACCGUGGCCCACCUGGUGGCAUCGCAGGGCUCAGCACGCCACGCGGUCCAGCACGGAAGCUACCCACCAAGCAUUGUCCACCAGGUCCCAGUCAGCAUGGGCCACCGCGUGCUGCCCUCGCCCACCAUGCACCACAGCCAGUACCAGGCCCAGUUUGCCCACCAGGCCUACAUCAGCGCCUCGCCCGCCUCCACUGUCUACACUGGAUACCCGCUGAGCCCCACCAAGGUCAACCAGUACCCUUACCUCUAGAGAAGACACUGACUGACACUGGAGAGCCUAACCCAGCUCUGCUGCUUCCCCCCAAACCCAACCGCCCAGAGCCCCAUCGACAUCCCAAACAUCCUUUCCUCGACCUCAGACAUAAACAGAGACAGAGGAACAUGCAAUCCUCAUGAAACUGUCACGUAUAACUUGAAGAUGUAACGACAGAGAGAAAAAGAAAAAAAAAGAUUCACAGCCGCUCUCAAGAAGGGAAAGAUGGGGUUGAAUUUCAGAGGGGUACAGUUCAAGAUGUUUCUUUCUUUUUUUUCCUGAAAGGGCCAGUUUUUGCUUUUAUUUGUCUCCUCUUCGCUUUACUUUAUGAGGAAAGUGACGUCUCAUUAGUUUUACUGGGAAGCUUGAAACAGGCCUUUUGGGACAGCGGAGGUUUUCUGGUUUGUUUUUAUUAUAUUUUUUCCCCUCUUAAAUUCGGGAAGUGACUGUUGAACAGGGGUUACUGACUGGAAGUUUGGAAUCCCAAGGGAUUUGGGAGAAGGUGAAAUACGGAAACCUGCUGCUCUUCAAAGAAAAAAAUAUUGAUGGCCUUGAACUGUCUUAAUAUUUCCAAAUCAUUCAUGGCGUGGGGAGAAGAAGAGAGGCAACUCCCCCCCACUCCACCUUCUCGAGCCGAGGAGGCUUCUGGAAAUAUAACCAACAGAAGACAACAAACUUUUUAGUGUAUUUAUAGAUAUUUUUGUUUUUUCCUUUAUGUUUCACCUUUACGACGAUACUUCGGUUUUAGCUAGGUGUCUUAGCUGGGCCCCGUUCUUUAGAAUGUAGCAGUCUGCACCUGUUUGUUUUCAGAAGAAAAACCUUUUCUUUUCUUUUUUUUUUCUCCCGAUACCAAUAGAUUUAUUUGUUCCUCCUUUUUUCAAUGUGAUUGCACAAAGUGGUUAUAAUAACAUAGGCAUGUACAACGUGAUUGUCUGUGUGUGCUACUGUCGGCCAUGCGUGUGUAGUCCACCUCCUCAAAAAUUCUCCUCAGUCUUUAGGUUCUGACCAUUGUUCCCUCGUAGUGCCUUACAGAUAUAACAACACAGUUUACUUGGCUCGGAUUCCUGAAAGCCACAAGAGACUAUAGCUAUACUUAGAGAGACAUGUCCCCCCCCCCCACCCCCCCGGUUUCACAUCCUAGUCGGGGCAGUUGUAGCUCUCUUCCAGGUGUAGGCUCAACCUCUGACUGUUUCCUGUCAUUAAUGACAGCGUACUAUAGGUGAGGACGAUUAAUGUCAGUCGGUGACGCGCUGAGCUAUUUUGUUUUGUGUGCAUGGGAUAACUUGCCUGGGGUACGUACCAAAGUCAUAGAUGAAUUCUUGUUACAUUUGCUCUGGAUAUUAAAGUAAAUAAACUGAAAAAAUAUACAGUAUAGACCUCGAUCAAGGUGGCGCCUGAAAUGUGGCUUUAGCUCUGGGAGUACAUUUGUUGAUGUUUUAUCGCGCAAGGGACUUCACGCAUCGUGAUAACGGAUGCUCAGUUUUCAUGUACAGGGAAUGAGUUACAGUUGCAAAGUUUGAGACACAGUAGAGUUUGUUUUUUUUUUGUUUUUUUUUUUAAGGUUAAAAGCUAGUCCGAGAGAAGGGCCUGACAGAAAGUGAUGGUUGCCACGAGGGUGAUUCUGUGAGGCUGGAGAUAGCCAGGCUGCAGCGGAGAGACAGAGUAUCGAGGGUUGUUCGAGAGAGAUACUGUGUAGGCAUGAGUGAGGGGGCUGGUUGAAAGCAUGGGGUCAGUUUAGGUAGGGACUGUGGAGGGCGGGGUGAAACUCUCUAUCUUAAACGGGACUUAAAAUGGUAGCAAGUUGGCACUGAGCAGGUUGAUAGUAACACUGAGCCCGGGUGGUCGGUAGGAGCCGCAGAGGCGGGCGCUACCUUUACCUGAAUGCACACUGUUCGAAUUCUGACGUGAAUCCUUUUUUUUUUGCUUUUGCUUUUGCUGUCGUCGUCUGUUGCUGUUAUUGUUGAGAUUAAAUUGGAAGUUAUUUGUUGCGCUUGAGGGUUUGGGUAGCAUCUCAGAGCUGCAGGAACGGAACAGAAGGGAAAGGCCACAGCGUACACCUGGAAGGGCACCUUGUGGCCGAUUUUUUGUCGUCACUGUCCAUUUGUCUUCGAAACCAGGUACACCACAGACAUCACCACGCCAGCCAGAACGGGAUACCUGAACACUUAGAGAAUCAAUAGGGCUGUCGCUUCGUCGUGUGUGUUUGCUGCUUGAUUUAACAGACAUCUUUUUUUUUUUCUUUUUCUUCUCGUAGCCAAUGAUACAAAUAAUCUCCUCUGUUCAUUUGUCCUCUUGAACGUGGGCACAUCGGAACCGCUGGUGGUUUAGUGAAAGCCUUCCCCCUCUCCUUCAUGGUAUGCCAUAGUACUUGCAUUUGAAGUGAUUUUUUUUUUUUUUUCUAACUUAACAUUAUCUUGAACUUUUUUGACAUGGCUGUAGUACAUGUUGUGUUUAUUUUUUAGAGAUUGUUGCAAUAAUUCUUAUUGUGUGUGUGUGUUUUUAUUACAUGUCAGGCUCAUUUCUAUUUUGUAACCUAAGGGGGUUGAUGUACAGUAAUGUUUAGUAUUCCGUGGAGGUGGGUUGCACCUGUGUAAAAGUGUUGCAACACUGCUGAGGACAGCAAGUGUUGAGUCGAUGAUAAUCCAGCGGGGGGCCCUUUCAUUGUGAGGGUGCCACACCCAGGCUUGAAAUCAACCAAUCUCUUAAAAAGUCUCCCGAUGGGCCCCCAAGCAGUUUGUCAUCCUGGUACUCGUCUCCCACAAAAACUCCACUCCUCGUCAGCUCCAGCAUGCAAGCCUAGGGUGCGGGCGGUUCAAGAUGUGAUAACACAGUACAUUGCUGGUUACAUCAGUCUUCUCUGCUCUGUUGUUGUUGUUCCUUUUUUAUUUUAUUGUAUCUACUUAAUUUCCUCUAGGUCUUCAGGGCCUAAGCACACACGUAUAAGGGAGAUCAUUUUCCAUUGGCUCUACAGACUACUGAAACAUUCCACUGUUGGUUGGGAAUUUUGACAUUACCCCGUGCCACACUGCUGUCCUGUCCCCCGACAUCACACCCGGACUCUUUCGCUCCUCCCACCAAAGAAUCCAACGGAUCGAUCGUGUACAGCACAGCACAGUUUAGCAGGAGCAAUCCUCAACGGCGUCGCCACCAGAGCAGACAGGCAAUAACUUCUGGUCUCAUCCUUACAAGUGCUUUUGAGGACACGUCGUUUUUACGCCCACGCGAACGCAUGCGUGCAUACCAUGUACAAGUACACAAGGGGGAUUUAACACACUUAAUCCACACAGCACAGUCGUCCAUUUUUAAGCGUUUCUGUUGUACCGUCAUCACACUUGGCCCCUGUCUAGAUUGACUGAUCAAGAAUUAUCUAAUCUUUCUCCAAAUUGUUAAGCCAGUUUUCUUUUUCUUUCUUUUUUUUCUUACGUUGUGGAUAUUGUAGCUUUAUCGGUGUGGUUUGGAAAAUGAAUUUGUGUACAAAAACAGUUGUUUUACAUUAGCGUGCCAUGGAAUAGAAUGACCUGUUAAAAAAAAAAAAAAAAGAGAGAAAAAAAAAGGGAAAAAAGUGAAUUAAUCAAAAAUGUACCAACUAUACCUUUAAAAACCAUGGUCACCUGCACAAAAUGAAUGUAAUACGUGACCUGCGACAUCUAAAAAUGGCUUUAGAUCUUUUUUCUCUGUGGGUGAUCGCACAUUUAAUUUUCCUAACACCGUUUGUGGCCACGCAUGAUGCAAUAAUUAUACAUCUGAACUCCAGCAAACUCCCAUUUGAGAGAUGUAAAAACUAAAACCAUCCUCACGAUUAGGGGAUGUUGAAUAAUCGCUAUUUUCUCAAACGAAAAAACAUCUAAUUAAGAGUAGCCCUGUAUGCGCAACGUUGUUGAAAAUGACUUGAUGUGUAUGAUACCUUUUUGUCUAUUGCUCUGUUUCACAUAACCAAUGUUUUGUGUUUUAUAAGAAAGGGGAAUCAGAAAUGUGAGCAUUAACGUAGAUCGAGUGACCUUACAAUUACCAAAAUGUGCUUAAGUAGAGUGUAAAAAUUUGUUUUGUGUUGUUGAGGUGAGCGUAGCCUUUCCCAGCCGGCGACUUCAUUGUUAGAGUACUGCCUUCCAAAAAAGACAACAAUACCUCCAAAGGUUUAUGGUGACAUUUAAAAUUAGAGACAAGUAAGUAAGGCAGUAAUUCACUCUCCGGCAUUCAAACCUCCAACUUAUCUUGUGGCGUUAUCGUGGAUAUUCCUCCUCCUGGCACUUUGGGGACAAUGGGAAACAUUUCUGAGAGCACGAUGGCGCACCGUGCUAUGCCGGUCUGCUUCAGACAAACUCCUUCAAAGCCCAGCGAGAAGGGAACGGACGAACCCGCACACACUCGUACAGCGUAAACCGUUUGGCAAAGUCGCUGCUGUUUUCCAAAGUACAAAGGGGGUUAGGAAGAGAUGUUAGGUGGAUCAAUCAUGAGCUGAUGUACUAUCCGUCACCAGGAAAUUCAUAAUCUAGUUACACAAGCAUUCUUAAAGCCCUUUUUGGAUGAGAGUGUAUGGGUUUUAUUUUUUUGCGGUUUUUUUUUCUUUUUGUUUUUUAACCUUUGUUUAAAGGAGAACUGCUCCUUUUGCUGGCUGUUCCUUGGGGGAAUUCAGGGUGAGGUGGUCAAGGUUUGAUGCCGUCACUGAUAGAGGGUGCCGGAGAUCAAAAUGUGUGAAUUCAAGAACCAAAACCGAUUCAAGUACUACUACUAUUUUCAAUUAUUUAAAUUGGUGUAAAAAAAUAAAAAAAAAUAAAAAAAAACAGGCAAGGAUAUGGGUUUACACAUACCAACGUAAAUCCUUUACUUCUCCACAUUUUAUGAUCCAACUUUACUGAAAUGUAGCUUUUCCCAUCUUACUUUUAGAGAGAGAUUUCUGACCAAACACAAUUAUUUUUAUGGUGUCAAUGAAUGGAAUCUAGAAGUGGUUGACCAAAGCUACAUUCAAAGCCAGAUUCACCUGCAAAAAAUAUUCAUUUGGGGAUUAGAAGUCGCUUGGAAGUCAAAAUUAAUUUUGGUACAAACUUCUAACAGUAAAUGAGUCUAUCUCGAGUAUUAGUGCAAGUUUUAUAUCAGUUAUUCAAGUUUUCUAAAAACCUAAGAGUGCAUCAAACCCUGACCCCCUUUUGUGUCCAUUGCUGUAUGGUUUUUUCAAUGGUGUAAAAUCUCAUUCUUUGUCGAUAAAGCUAAUGUGUGCUGCAGUAUUUCCUAGUAUACUUCUCUGUUAACUGUCUUUUCUUAUUUGCUCUUUGUUUCACUGGGGUGUGGCGUCUCAUGAUUUCAAUUUGUUGAUGUAGCGUUCUAUGUAUACCCUGUUCCUUAGCUUAAUGUUAUUAAGUAUGUUAUGAGAAUGGAUAUUUUACUGGCUUUAUAGAAUGUCUAAAUAAAUAUAAUAAUGACAAUAAGAAGAAGGAUUAAUUAAACCUCCUAACAAGUUGAGUACUUGCUACUAAGCGCUUGUGUUACCAUUAUGAUGUUGUGUGCUUCUCUUAAUCAUUUUCGUUGUAGAAAAAUGGAGUGAAUUUAUAUUAGGCUUCGAAAAAAACUAAUGAUAGCAUUGUAAAUUUUACAGGAGGAUUUUAACAGACAAACAGCUUCGUCAAAUAGAAGAAUAUAGUUAUUUUAAUUGUCCUCUUAACUAACUAUAGGGUGAGAAGGGGCUCGCGUUGUGGUGAACUAUGUUAUAGCUUGUUAUUCACUGUUACUUUUGAUCAUUUUUUCGGUCUCCGAGGUGAAUCGAGUUAUUAAUGAGAAUUUGUAUGCUCACAUAUGCAUAUUGUAUAUGUGUAGAAAAUGUAAUCACACUUUGUCUUGGAUUUACAUUAAACUGUUAAGUCACGGCA